CGUUUCUCGUGGGCCAAUGGGCGUCCAAUUCCACGAUGACGCCGAGGGUUCCGCGAAAUUGUUUCUUGGGAGUGCGAGGACACAGAAGCAGCCAGGACAAGUUGUCGCGUGUGUGGAGGAGUAUUCGAUUAGAUCUCGUGGAAGCCGUUGGAACGAAGAAAUUGCCGGAGAAUAUAAGGACACAAGUUGUGCUUAACUCUGUUUAUUGAAUGCUUUUUAAAAAUAUUGUUUGAACGGCCCACUCUUUGCGAUACAGAUACAGUCACAUUGACGCCGACACGUGCGUGGAAGAUCAAACUCACCACCUCGCUCUGACCCUCUCCUCUUCACCGAGUGAGGAUUGUUUUUUUUUUUUGCCACACUUCUCAUCGUCGCCAGUACACUCUUGCAGCAGUCAUGUCCGAGGUCUUUGCGGACCCCAUCCCUGCGCGACCACCCGCGGACCGGACAGACGACGAGCUGAAAGACAGCCCGGAGAACCGAACUUUGCUGAUGGUGGCGAUGAUUUUGUUGGACUUGAACAAAUGUCGGCCCGACGCCGUGGAGAAGAAGGAGAAGGACACGCCGGCUGAGAGCAAGAGGAGGGCGGGGGAACCGCAGGAGUCAUCUGAGAAGAGGCACCGCUGCCUAUUCAGCGGCUGCGGCAAGAUGUACGGAAAGUCGUCCCACCUUAAAGCUCAUCUGAGGGUCCAUACCGGCGAACGUCCGUUUGAGUGCAACUGGCCGGCCUGUGGCAAGAAGUUCUCCCGCUCAGACGAGCUGACCCGCCACUACCGCACGCACACUGGCGAGAAACGCUUCACUUGUCCGCUGUGUGAUAAGUGCUUCAUGAGGAGCGACCACUUGACCAAGCACGCCCGCCGCCACGCCGGCUUUCAUCCCAGCAUGCUCCAGGGUGCCGGCUCUGCCAAGAGACGCCGCAGCUCCGUCUCGAUGUCGUCGUCCGACUCCGGAGACCAAAGUCCUCAGGGGGUCUAAAAUGGAGGCCAACACACACACAAACAUGGACACACCCACUUGUGUGCCUCCCUUAUUAUUGUGGAGGUUUUCUCACUGUUGAACUUCUGUUCCAAUGUGACAGGUAUUUAUAAAAAAAAACAUUCUUGUCAGGUUGACUUGUUUCCAAUAGAGUUUUUAGUACUAGUGUUUUUUUAAACAAACAAUAUAACAUCAGGCUGUGCAAUGGAAUCGUGGUUAUUUGACUGCCUUGUAGUUCUGAGGUUCAUGACAUUCUCUCAAUUGUCCCAAAGAUGAGAAUGUGAAUGAUUAUUUGUGAUAUUAUAUACCUUACUCUAAUUUUAUAUACCAUUGUCAGCAACACAAUGUUCAGUCUGUGAACACGUGUCUGCUCCACUUCAUGACUGAAAGAGAACGAAUAUUAAAGACAUGUUUAUACGGUAAGGAUAAUGCGUAUGUACAAUAGAACAGUAUUACUAUGUACAUAGAGGGUAGAUGGAUUAUUUAGCCUUUAGUUAUUAGCGAGAAAUGAGACGAUUUAGCCAAUUACAAAGUUACUUCAUAUGAAGAAACGUGAAAUAUGCAUAAACCUGCCUAAUCAAUGCUUGAAGAAUACCUUGACGAGACUUACAGUAGCUAACGCAAACUUUGUGCCAAAUGUUAAGUUCAGCAGUCAUGACGAACAAACUUGUCUUCUUCACUUGAGGACUGUGCCUUGUGGAGGCCCGCCCCUCCUCGCCACGAACAAAACGGAUAUUUAUCAUCGUUAAAUUGUUCACACUAAUAUUCAGCAAUGUCGAGUGAAUAUUAAGUGAGUUGCCUCAAGACCAACAGUGCCAGUCAGGCGCUGUACACUUGACUUCUUUUGUCCGCAUGUUGUACUUUUCAUGUAUUUCAUUUCAGGGAUGUUUCCAUGAACAUUUUGCACCUCCUAGUGGUGAUGUUGAAGCACAACAUGUCACUUUUGUAUCUGCUGGGACUCUUGAGUUCAGAAAUCAAUUCCAUCUUGUAGCAUAUGUCUUUGUAUUUAUUGGGGACACUGUGUUUUUCUUUUUCAUAUUUUUAUGUCAUUAAUGAGGCCGAGAGGGGGCUCCAAUCCACUACACGAGCCAUAUAUAUAUAUUGUAAAGCAAAGCAAUGCUUAGAGUUAAGAUUUCUUUUCCUGUUUUUUGACAGCUGUGAUUCUGUGUUGGUGCCUUUCAGGUUGAAGCCUUUAUGAUGCUACUGCAAUGUAAUGAGAGUCAUUGCAGACCCUGUUUUUAAUGCAUUAGCCAUAGCAAUGUAAUAAUUAAGGCGUGACAUUUUAACAUUAAAAAGAAUGUGCUUUCUAAUGUUGUGCAAUUCUAUAUAAAUGCUCACCUGAUCUGACAAUCUACUACAAUCUAUUCCCGGCUUUAUGUAGUACUUUUCAAUUGGGCCAUGUGCAGCGUUUAGAGGAAGGGAUGAAAAGAAAGCGUUAAAAACAAAAUGAAGGUGA